AUGGCUCCAGCUGCGCUCACACCUGCCAUUUCGGCCAAGGACACGCCAGUCGAGUCCACAAAUAAGAAGAGGAAGAUCGUAUGCUUUUCAGAUUUCGACGGCACCAUUUUUAUGCAAGACACGGGCCACGUCCUCUUCGAUAACUUCGGGUGCGGCUCCAAGAGACGGCAGGUUCUGGACGAGCAGAUUAAAAAUGGCGAACGAUCCUUCCGCGAUGUUUCGGAGGAGAUGUGGGGGUCACUUAACAUCCCAUUCGACGACGGGUUCGAGGUGAUGCAGGACUCACUCGACAUCGACCCGGACUUUCGUUCUUUCCACGCCUUCUGCCUCCAGAACUCGAUCCCCUUUAACGUGAUAUCGGCCGGCCUCAAACCGGUCUUGCGCAGAGUCCUAGACACAUUCCUCGGGGAGGAGCAGUCCCGCCACAUCCAGAUCGUCGCCAAUGACGCCGCCAUCGCCGAAGAUGGCUCCGACUGGAAGGUGCUCUGGCGCCACGACACGGAGCUGGGCCACGACAAGGCGCUGUCGGUGCAGGAGGCUCGCGCCGCGGCCGAGGCCGAGCUCGCCGACGAGGAGGGCGCCAUCCCGCUUAUUGUCUUUAUCGGCGACGGAGUCUCAGACCUGCCGGCCGCCAGGCAAGCGGACGUGCUCUUCGCGCGCCGGGGCCUGCGCCUCGAGGAGUACUGUCAGGAGAACGGCAUCGCCUACAUCCCCUUCGACACGUUCGCGGGCAUCCAGGCCGAGCUCACCCGGAUCAUUGACGAGGACGAGAAGAAGACGGCCGGACGGGGCCUGCCCGCCCGCUUCAACCCGCGCGCCAACAUGUGGCGCCGCUUGUCGAGCAAGUCGAACGUCCCCAGGCUGGUCGUCAUGUCGCCCACGAAAGAGGAGCGCAUGUUCCUCUGGCCCGAGGCCUUCACGGAGCUCAAGACACCGGCCCUGGAUGUCACACGGGAGCUGGGCGUCGUCGGGGAGGAGCAGGCUGUUGCUGUUCCGGCUGCUUAG